UAUCUUGGGAUGAGUUCUGCCACAGCGAUGAUCAUAUAGUGCCACAUCCAAGUAGUGCACACACCGAUGAACCACUCUCCCAGAAUGAUAGCCGUAAGAAACCUCGCCAUGAAGUAAUUAGUUUAACAAGUAACAUAGGCGAUCAAUCUACUGGUAAAUAUGCUAAUCAGCAAAACGAGCAAAUACUUCCUCUAUUGAGUAAUAAAAACACCAAAAUGCUGGAAAAGGACCUCUGGGCCGAUGCACCUGAUGGUGCCAAAGUCGAAGAUGUUUCACCAGCUGAAAAUACCAGGACAUCCAGUCGUUGCAUCGAGAGUAAUAAUGUAAACUCAAUUGAGAGCAAGUCCUGUCCUAAUGGUCGCCCUCUGGAUAACAAGAAUGCUGCUGUGGGGGGAAACACAUAUAGCUAUCCAGUUGGUCCCAUUCCUCAGGCUGAUGAUGAUCUCAGCUUUUUGGACAAUAGUUGCGAGGGUAAAGACUCUAAUGAUCUCUUAUACUAUAGCUGGCCUGAGAUAGAGAAUUUUGAUGAUGUUGACAGGAUGUUCAGGAGUUGUGAUUCAACAUUUGGAUUUGGACCUGGUAGUGAAGAUGACCUAGGUUGGCUUUCAUCAUCAGAUGUCAUUGAUGGAUCUGGAGAUGGAUUGACGUCAGCUUUUAAGUUUCCAUGUCCAGCAUCCACUGCACUUGGAAGUACAUUUGCAAGUCAUGAAACUUCAAAGCUAAAGGAAACAAACAUUUCAACUAAUACUUCUGUCACUAAAAAUCAAUCACUUGGCUAUAAUGGCAGUUCAUGGGCCCCCGAGAAAAAUGAAUUGGUAAAUCUGAGUCAUUUGUCUUUUGUAAAUGAAUCAAGUAAUUCAGAGUGCGAGUUAGUACCUGACAAGAAG